UAUUAUUCAUAUCUUCCAGAUAUUUUAAUUCCAGCUCUCUAUAGCAACAAUGCAGUAUUUUAGUAAAUUUACAAAAGCAGUUUUGAAUAACAGACUUCAAAUUUAUAUCUUAAGAAGAAACAUGUCUGGUGAAUAUUUGAUUAAUAAUGAAAAAUAUUCUUUUUUGAAAGAUCUCGGUCUUAAAACUAGUAAUUUGGGUGUUUAUAAUGGAAAGUGGUUUGGAUCAGGCAAAACUGUGAAAUCUAUUGAUCCUAGUACUGGCAAAGUAAUUGCAGAAGUGAAGUACGGCACUGUUAGCGAUUACCAUUCUUGUGUCGAAGAGUCUGAGAAAGUUUGGGAGCAAUGGGCCAGACUACCAGCACCAAAGCGUGGAGAGAUAGUGAGACAAAUAGGAAAUGCUAUAAGAGAAAAACUAACUCCCCUAGGUCAACUAGUCUCCCUUGAAAUGGGUAAAAUACUGCCUGAGGGUAUUGGAGAAGUGCAAGAAUACGUAGACAUUUGCGAUUAUGCAGUAGGCUUGUCUAGGAUGCUUCCUGGCGCUAUCUACCCUUCAGAAAGGCCGGACCAUAUACUCUUAGAAAAAUGGAAUCCUUUGGGUAUAGUAGGGGUAAUAUCUGCCUUCAAUUUUCCUUGUGCUGUGUAUGGAUGGAACAGUGCCAUUGCUAUGGUUUGUGGAGACAACGUUUUGUGGAAGCCUUCAGAGACCACUCCAUUAGUUUCAAUUGCUACCACCAACAUUCUGGCAGAAGUCCUGGAAAGAAACAACUUGCCAGGAGCUAUAGCCUCCUUAUGCUGUGGUGGAGAAGAUGUAGGUAAAGCUAUGGCUGCUGAUCAGAAGAUAAAGCUCUUGUCUUUCACUGGAAGUUGUGAAAUAGGCCAAAAGGUUGGUGUUGAGGUACAAAAGAGAUUUGGGAAGCACCUUUUAGAAUUAGGAGGCAACAAUGCCUUAAUUGUGGCUGAAGAUGCGGAUUUGAACAUGGUGGUUCAAGCGGCCUUGUUUGCUUGUGUAGGUACAGCAGGACAAAGAUGUACCUCCACCAGAAGGUUGAUCUUACACCAGAAGGUGUACACAGAGGUACUGGAAAGACUGAAAAAGGCAUACGCACAAGUUCUGAAUCGUAUAGGAGACCCUUUGGGUGAAAAUACACUAAUUGGUCCACUUCAUAGCGAACUUUCUCUGCAAAAAUACAAAAACACAAUUGAAGAAAUCAAAAAACAAGGUGGAAAGAUAGAAUUCGGAGGAAAGGUUUUAGGAAAAGAAGGUUACUUUGUGGAACCAACCAUAGUUACAGGGUUGGCACACGAUCAUCCUCUGGUCCACAACGAAUGUUUUGCUCCAAUUGUUUAUGUGCUGAAGGCUGCUAAUGUAGAAGAAGCUAUUUCUUGGAACAACGAAGUGCCUCAAGGUCUCUCAUCUAGUAUUUUCACGCAAAACAUUGGGCAUAUAUUUGAGUGGGUGGGACCUAAGGGUUCCGAUUGUGGUAUAAUAAAUGUUAAUAUAUCAACAUCGGGAGCAGAAAUUGGUGGUGCCUUUGGAGGUGAAAAACAUACAGGAGGUGGACGAGAAUCUGGAAGUGAUGCUUGGAAACAAUAUAUGAGAAGAUCUACCAUCACUAUCAACCAUUCCAAAGAAAUGCCACUUGCGCAGGGUAUAAAGUUCGAAUGAUGUCCACAAAAUCGAAAGAAAAUAAAAUUGGGGAAAAAAGACUGUGAAUUUAAACCUAGAUUAAAAAAAAAAAAUCUUGAAGCAUAUUAAUUAAGAAAUAAUUUUAUUCAACAGUCACAUCAUAAAAAAUCUUUUCAUCAAAACUUAAAAA